AUCCGAAAGAGCCAAGCCCGAAAGAGCCGACGCCCUUCGACACCCAGAGUCGAGCGCAGCAGCUGUUGGCACUUCUUCUGCCCGCAGGAAUCUGUGCGAAGGCCCUUCGACGACCCGCAUUCGUCGAUGCCGAUACGCGCUUCGUUUGGGUCGAGGAGUCGGAGGAGGAGGAGAUGUCUGAG